AUGUCCGGCACCCACACCAACGGCCAUACCAAAAAGGUGCUGGUGGUCUUUGGCGCCACGGGCAAGCAAGGCGGCUCCGUCAUCAAGUCGGUGCUGGGCGAUCCCAAGACGGCCUCGAUGUUUUCGAUCCGCGCCAUCACCAGAGACCCGUCCAAGCCGGCCGCGCAGGAAUUGACCCGGUUGGGGUGCGAGUGUGUUUCGGCCGACCUUGACGACAGGGAGACUCUCGUCCGGGCUCUCCAGGGCGCAUAUGCCGUGUACGCCGUGACCAACUUCUGGGAGAAGAAGACGGCGGCGGCCGAGAUCCAGCAGGGCAAGAACAUUGCCGACGCGGCCAAGGAGUGUGGUGUGCAGCAUUUGAUCUGGAGCAGUCUGAUGAAUGUCACCCAGCUCUCGGGCGGCAAACUCUCCAAAGUCGCCCACUUCGACUCCAAGGCCCAAGUGGAAGAAUACAUCCGCCAGCUCGACAUCCCCGCCACCUUCUUCAUGCCGGGCUUCUACAUGUCCAACAUCCCCGGCCAGAGCCUGAACAACAUGCAAGGACCGUACAACUUUGCGCUCCCGAUCCCCACGGACUCGCCCAUCCCGCUGUUCGACGCCGAGCACGACACGGGCAAAUUCGUCAAGGCCAUCCUCGUCCACCGCGACGACGGCGUGCUGGGCCGCCGCAUCUACGGCGCCACGGCGUACUACACGCCGGAGCAGAUCCUGGCCGAGUUCCAGGCCGUCAAGCCGCGCGACGGCCAGGGCGGCGCGGCGCGCCACGUGCCCGAGGAGGCGUUCAAGAAGGUCCUCGCCGCAAAGGGCAUGCCCGAGCCCAUCCAGGACGAGAUGCUCCAGAAUAUGCUGCUGAUGCCGCAGUUUGGGUACUACGGCGGUGCCGACCUCGCCGAGAGCCAUGCCAUCGUCGACGAACCGCUCACCACCUGGAAAGACUUUGUCGCCCGCUCCCCCGUGUGGGCCGAGGUGCAUUGA